UGGAGUGAACAAUAUUAUGGGAUAGAUAAGUUUUGCAUGAUGGCUUUGUUGAAUUGAAACUUCAGAAAUUUUCCUGGAAACCAAAUUUGACGAUAACGAUGGUGUAGUUGACAUGGUUUAGAGUAGAUACCGUACAUGUCAAUUAUAAUCAUUCAAAGGUUUGUGGAAUGAAUUGAAAUGAGGAAUUAAUACACAGAUCUAAGAAACAGGAAACAUGGCUGCUGUAAAAAGAAAAGCUCCUGAUAAUGGAGAUGGUGGCAACAAGAGUGAACCAGAAAAUAAAAAGGCAAAAUUGAAAUCUCCAGAAGUACCGGAAGUUGCUUCUGGAUGUACAUUUCCUGGAUGUAAAGGUGAAGGUCACAUUACUUCAAAGUAUUCAAGACACAGAACAGUGUCGACUUGUCCUCUAGCAGCCAAAAAACGUAAACAAGAAAAAGAAGAACCAGCGUCUACAUCUCCACCCACAACAUCGAAACGAAGCAAAAAAGGAAAAUCAGAAGUGAAAGAAGAAAAAGACAAUACUAAAGAAAAUGUGAAAAUAAAAACAGAAAAAAAUUGCACAAGUGCUCAAACUAGUGAUAAAUCGGUUCCUUCAGUAGACAUUAAAACUGAAAAAGAUGUGAAAAAGGAAACAGAAGUUUCAGUAGACGAAGAUAGUUUAGAUGAAGAACAAAAGUAUUUUCGUGAUGCAGAGAGAGGUUUAAGGAGUUUAUCAGGAGACUUUAGUUCUGAGUUGCCCACAGAUAAAACAAAGACAUCUCACAAUGUAACUGAAUCGGAAACCGAGGUGUUUGAAGUGAACUGUUCAGACGAUGAUGAUGAAUCUGAAAAUGUGAACCACGAGGACAUUAAAGAGGAAAAUUUAUUAACUGAAUCUGAGGUGCAGACGGUCCGUGUAAGUAAAGCACCUAGUUCACAAAAUGAGGACAUUUUUCAAACAAUCCAGGAAGAGUGUAGCAAAAUACAGUCGCAGGAUGAAAAAGAGAAACAAAUAGAACCUGAUUCGUUAAAAGCAAAUGCAAGUCAAACAAACCAGUCCCAAGAUCUGAUAAACGAAAUCAUAAAUUUUUCUGUCAUGGAUGCUUUAAAAAAGGAGCCUAAAGAGGAGAAAAUAACAAAAGAUGAUAUAAAAGAGGAGAAACUUAGUGAUGGAUCAGAUGAUGAUGAGGAUGAUGAUGAUGAGGAUGAUGAGGAUGUUGAAGAGAUUGAGGAAGAGGAUGAGGCCAUUCCUGAAGGAACAAAAAUAGAAGGAUUAGAUGCUGAAUUUACUGUGGUAGCUGAAUGGAUGGGUGGUGUUGGAGCUAACAAAACUACAGACGGUGCUAUCCGACCUCCAUCAGCUCCACCUGGUACUGGUAGUAGUGAAAAUAGUAAUGAUGGUUCCACAGACUCUCAGUCAAAUCUCAAUCCAGAUUUUAGAAAAGGAGAUGGAAGGUGUCCAACCCCUGGAUGUGAUGGUUCAGGUCAUUCUACAGGACUGUAUUCUCAUCAUAGAAGUUUAUCUGGUUGUCCCAAUAGAGACAAAGCUCCUAUUGACUUAAUUGUGGCAUCGGAACAAUUUGUCAGAUGCCCCACACCAGGAUGUAAUGGGCGUGGUCAUAUAAAUAGUAAUAGAACAACGCAUAGAAGUGUAUCAGGAUGUCCAAUUGCUGCUAUGGGUAAAUUUAUCACCACACAGAACCAGAAAAAAUCAGGCCUGCACCUAGUGGUCAUUCCAAAGAGCGAUAACCCGAAGUCGGCGGUGCUUGCCGCGUGUAAUGAAUCCCAGUUGAUAAAGAUAGCAGCCAAGGAAUGUACCACUGGAACAGACAGAAUAUUAAGACCAAUGAUUCUAACCAAACAGUUGGAAUUACAGAGUAUUAACUCUCCUUCUGUCGUCUCUCAAACUACACCAAGAAAUAACCUAGCCAAGGAACUAGAAAAAUACAACAGACCAGCUGACACCACAGCUCCUGCACAGAUACUUAAGCCCCCCAAACCAAAAGUCAGAGAUAUGUCCGGCCCGGAUAGACCAAACAUUCUGAGCAAACGACCUCAUUUCCGACCCCAGAAUCGACCAGCACCACCACCUCCAGUUGUUAUCAGUGAUUAUCAACCAGCAGUUAGUCCUCAAAGAGUGGAAGCUCGACUUCAGCAACUGACCACAGCAGCGCCACUGGUCUCAAUAGCACCACCGGUCUCAACAGCACCACAAGACGUUAAACCAUUGACUGCUAGUGCUAUUCUAUCAAGUCGUGUAACACCCCUGAAUAUUCCUCAACCAUUAACAAAAACUCAGAUUGUCUCCAGUAAAGCGAACAUUUUAAAUGCAGUGAAACCGAAAGUUGAGCCACUCAACCUAAAUGAUAAUGGCAUUUCAUCUCCCCUGCCUGCCUCACCCACACUUAAGACACCCCUAACCCCUUCUCGCCCAAAGGAGAUCAGAGAACUAGUGCAAUGUCCCACCAUUGGCUGUGAUGGAUCUGGACAUGUGACAGGAAAUUACUCAUCACACCGCAGCUUAUCUGGUUGUCCAUUGGCGGACAGAGCAAUGGUACAAGCCAAUCAGAUAGAACAGAAAUGUCCAACUGUUGGCUGUGAUGGAAGUGGACAUAUAACUGGAAAUUAUUCAUCACAUCGAAGUCUAUCUGGUUGUCCGAGAGCGGCUAAAAUGAAGAAACUGACUGGUAAAGAAGGUUGUGAUAAGAAGGAAACAGAAGAUUUUGGCUGUCCUGUACCUGGAUGUGAUGGGUCAGGUCAUAUCACAGGCAAAUAUUUAUCUCAUAGAAGUGCAUCAGGUUGUCCGUUAGCCAGUCGACAAAGGUUACAAAGAUACAUCGGUAGUACAGGGAUAGAAAAUCAAGAUCCAGCUCUAAUCAAAGCUAUGAAACUUGAUGGAUUUGCUUGCCCAACACCAAAUUGUGAUGGCACAGGUCAUUCAAAUGGUAGUUUUCUAACACAUCGAAGUUUAUCGGGUUGUCCUAGAGCAACUUUUGCCAUGAAGAAAGCCAAAAUUACUCCUGCUGAACUUGCUACAUUACAACUCAAAGUUCAAAAUGGUGAAGAUUUGGAGUCUGAAAAAGAGUUCAUGCAACUGGAGAAUGAGAUACAUGCUAUGAGGAAAUCCAACAUGGUCACAGAGAGUGAGGUGAUAAAACUAAGAACAGAAACAGCAUGUUUAGAAUCACGUCAUCAAAUAACAGAGAGAGAGCGCAAGUCUUUGUUGGAGCAGAAACAAGGACUGACUAAUGAUCUGAACUCACUCAAGUCGAAACUAUUUUCCUGUUUACAAAAAGUAAAUCUUCCUCAGCUAGAUGUCCCUUUAGAUGUAGAUAAUAUUGAACUUUAUAUCUGUAGAAUUCAAAAUCUGUGUAAUCGAAAUGGAGAAGAUAAAGCUCUCUUUAGUAUGCUUAAACAUGCUUUAGCAGAAAUUGAAGUUUCUUAGAUUAAACUGACAUGCUAUAUAAUCAUUGAAGUCAAUUUCACAAAUCGCUAUCUUAAUUGCUUAUAUGUUUUAGCUGUUAUAAUCAAAUUAAUCCCAAGGUUAAAUACAGAAUAUACAUGGUUAAAAUAUAUUUAUGUCAAUAAGAACAAAAAGACUGCUACGGUCUUAUACUUAAAUCAAAAUUUCUCAUUUAUAAGUUUUCAAGUGUAAUAUUAGAUAAUCCUAAGUGUCACGGUCAUAAUUAAUGCUUUUGCAUUAAUGGAAUUGAAUCACAAUGUGAUCCUAUUAAUUCAGAUUAAAAAUUGACGAUAAAUGGGGUGUUGGAUUUCUCUCAUUAAAAAGCUCAGUGUGUAUGUAUGCUUAGUAAUUUGGAGAGGAUGAUGGCAUCAUGCAUUGUGAACUGUCAACUUUCCUUAACAGGAACCUGGAAAACCCCCUCCUGCAAAAAUUCCUAGAUCCACCCCUGGUUCUCUACAGAGAAUAUAAACAGGCUAUGGUUAAAACAAGUCGGCACAACCUAUAAUCUUCUUAAAAAUCUUUUGAUGGACCUCAUUUUGAAUGGAUUGAACCCAAGUCGCAAGAUUAUCUACCAUUGAUAUUUUGGUUUUGUUUUCAUAAUUAAAUGUUAAAUAAGCAUGUUAAAUUAAGCAUGGAACUGUGAAAAGUUAUUGUCUGAAAAACAUACAAAUGACAGGGGCUUUAAUAAGUCAAUAAUUUUCAGUUGAUCAUAAAUUGGAUAAUAAAAUUUCAAUUAAGUUGAGCAUUUAGCCCUGAUUUGAGUUUCUAAUUACUAAUUAGUCACAGUAAGUGUCUAAGGUUACGUAUAUGUCCUAUUGUUUUUUUUGCUGUGCUUUCUUUUUAUUGUUAUUUAUUCAUACACUAUAUUCUGACAGUUUGUGAGCUCUCUAUUUAUCAUAAUUUAAUUGUAUAUAUAUAUGUAUAAUUAUUGCAUAAUUAAUUUAUUUAAUUUAUUUUGUUGUGUUAUAUUUAUAGAAAGGUUAUUAACAUGGUUAGCUUUACUUUUAGAACAUAUCAUAAAAGAAUUUUGUUAUUGCAGAAUUCCAUAUUUAUAUUUGUAUUCCAUUCCAUGAUCUAUGUGGUACAAACUGAGCAUCAUUCCCCUCUACAAUGUUUUAAUAAUUGUUUACAGGAGCUAAACCUCUUUGAUUUAGUUCAAAAUAAAGAAUAAAAUUGAGUUGAUUUGGUGUGUUAUUUGAUUUCUGUUAGAACAAGCUCAUUAAAUAGAAAUAAAUUGUUUUCAAAGAUUAAGCAGAAGUUGCUUUGUUUAGUAAUUUUAGUUUUGUUUUUACCUUACAGUAUACUGUAGGGACAAACAAUGAUAUCUUAACAUUGUCUUUAUCUAUGAAAGUAAAAUUUUGAACGAAGACAGAUUAUCAUCUGACAAAACAAAACAAAUUAACACAUGAAAUCCAUUAACUUAUUUUGACCAGAUCAGAGUGGUCCAGCAAUAUCAAAUAAUAAACAGUAAUAUUUUCUAUAAUAUUAAAAGUGUUCAUUGAAUUAUAACAUUACUACAUGUCGUAGUUUAAUAUUUUACAUAAUUUUCUUUCAUGAAUUAUAAUUUUGUAUAAUAGCAAUAUAUUUUAUAUAUUGUGUAUUUAUUUCAGUAUUUGUUAUCUAGUGUUUUUGUAUCUAUACAUAAUAGUGCAUUUUUUAAAUAAUCUGGAUGUUUUUUAUCCAAAUAGAUGGGUUUUCUGGUCAGUACUUUAUGUACAUAAUAUUUAUAUAAUAGCCAUGUUUUGUAAUGUUAUUUAUCUUUUGAGUGCUUGUUUAGUAAGUCUGUUAAUUUUAUUAUUCUUAUAAAUAAUAAUUCAAUUAGGAUCAAUCUGAUUAAAAUACAGAUCCUGUUUCGUUUCGUUUUUUAUAGUUCAAAAUUUUGUUUUCCUUGUCUUUACUACACUAGUAUUACUGGCAUUUUGGUUGAAGUGAGGGAUAAGGCAAUGAAACAGUCUCUUGAAGCAACGACUUGGCGUGCCAUGCUCGAAACUGUGGGUACACCACUAGAAACGUCAACACUGAUUUAUUAAUCAGUGUCUGGGUAAAAAGCCGCUCGUACAACCCCUGACAUGACCUUCCAGUACAACUUGUCAGAUUUUCAUGUAGUGUAGGCCAUUGAAAGUAUAAAAAAACGAAACAAAAUAUAGAUCUGUAUUUUAAUCAGAUUGAAUUAGGAUAGAAUGAAAGCUAAUUAGUUGUACAUAUUUUAAUUUAUUUUAAACUUCUCAUAUUAAAACACUUUUUGUAAACUAUGUUUUUAUUUAUUUUAUUCUUAAUUUAAUAUAAUUAAUAUGCAUAUUUAUUUAUCCCGCUUUUGUUUGCUGACAUAUAUGUGCAAUAAUAUACCAUAAUAUGUGCCAUUAAUGAGGGAUGAUUUCCUUUCUAAUCAUUAUUGAAAUCAAAUACAACUUUACAUAAAUGUAAGCCUAAUAAUUGUUGUUCUUUUAAUACAGUAAUAGAGAUCCUUAAUAUGUUUUAAAGUGUACUUGCAGUGUAAUUGACUUCAUUAAAGUACGAGUCAAACCAAAGAUCUACUUUUUCAAUAUUUCUUGUCAGUUUAAAAUGUAUUGCUAUUGUUGAUACUAGUUUAUUGUUUGUAUGUAUUAUAUAUAAUGGCUACUACAAUCUGUUUAAACUUCAAUGAAUAACCAUGUUAUUCCCAGCUUUAUCUAUGAUCAUUCCUAUUUAUACAUUUGUUGAAUUUGUAACCCUAUGUAAGUAAAUGAAGUACCAAUACAUGUUUUAUAGCUUUA